AUGCCACAGACCAACGGAUGUCAACUACGAACAAAGCCCAGGAUUAUCUUGUCUUCUAUCGACUUCUACUUAUCAGUAAUCGGAAACUGUCUAGUAUUCUUAGGAUUUGUAAUUGGAAAGAUUAACUCUGAUAACCAAUACGCAUUCUUCAUCAGCAAUUUACUCAUUUUAUUGGGACAUCUCGUAGCUUUGAUGACGGAACUUACUACCUUCUAUGAAGAUUAUUUGUGUUUGAAAAACGGAAAACGAGAAUACGAAAUGAAUUCUUACUUUACGUUUGCAAAUAUUCUAUCCAUUUUAGGCGAGUAUAAAGAAAUGAAUUUCGGUAUGGAAAACUACGAACCUGAAUGUCGAAUUUGA